UUCACCCCCUUUCCACACUGAGGCAUAGCUAAAUAUUGGUGUAUUUUCCAGAUCUAAAAUCUACAGUAUAUUUCCAAGCUGGCAAAGACAAGGGUCAAAGGUGCAGAAUUGAUACAUUUGAUGUUAUCACCUCAGGGAGACGCAGUUGUAAUACUUAAGAUAAAAUAUAUUGUACAGUAUUUACAAGUGUAAACCCAAACAGGCUUUCUAAAGACUCAUUUAAGAACAAGUUGUAAUUAUGUGUGGAUUCAAUGUUAAAGCCUAGACCAAGACCUUUAUUGGACAUUUAUUAAUUAACAGAUCCAUUGACAUUAACCACAAUACACUCAAAAAGCACAAACGUGCAAGACCAUCCACUUCAAUCAAAAUCAAUGUUUUGAAUAUUGCAUGAGACAUAUAUAUAUAUAUAUAUUUAUAUAUAUAUAUAUACACAGUACUAUAACUUUACUAUCCUUCCCAAUAGGUAAUUGGUAAUACUAUACUAUUGUAAGCUCCCAUGCUGUUAAAUACACAGUAUGUUAUCAGUCAAAGGCUGCAUCAUGGACACACCUCCCAAUCCUGUUAAGCUCAGCUAAACACUCUUCACAAUACAAAUCCCUCUGCACAGCAUGUCAGCGUUAUCCUUAGGCAGGGGCCAUAAGUGCAAGUGAAUGUAAAAUGUACACAAGAACAACGGACACUGUUUAUCGAGCGAACUUCCUGGAUGAGGGUCAGCAUGUUGGCCAGGCUGGAUCUGUUUUGUCAAGGUGGUCUAAGGAUGUGGAGUUUGUCUCGUUGUGGCUUCAGCUGCAUACAUGGACACAUGAGCAGGUGGAAUAGCAGCGAGCCUUCCAGUGCACCACCUGCUCAGGAAAACCCACGUGUCCUCAUCACAGGUGGACUUGGGCAGUUAGGUGUGGGGCUUGCCCAAGUGCUCAGGAAACAAUAUGGGACAGAGAACGUGAUCCUGUCAGACAUAAAGAAGCCCCUGCCUCAUAUUUUUAACAGUGGUCCAUUUGUAUAUGCUGAUGUGUUGGACUACAAACAUCUCAGAGAAGUGAUUGUAAAUAAGCGCAUCACUUGGCUUGUCCACUACAGUGCUCUGCUGAGUGCUGUUGGAGAAGACAAUGUGGCUUUAGCACGCAAAAUCAAUGUCACAGGUCUUCAUAAUGUGCUGGACUUGGCUUUGGAGAACUGUCUGCGCCUUUUUGUGCCUAGCACCAUUGGAGCAUUCGGUCUGUCGUCUCCUCGUGAUCCGGUGCCUGACCUCUGUGUCCAAAGGCCACGAACCAUCUAUGGCGUGUCCAAAGUUCACGGGGAACUCAUGGGAGAGUACCUUCAUCAUAAGUAUGGCUUGGACUUCCGCUGCCUGCGUUACCCGGGAGUAAUAUCAUUCAAAACGCUUCCUGGUGGAGGCACAACAGACUAUGCAGUCCAAAUCUUCCAUGAUGCCCUCAGAAAGGGUCACCAUGAGUGCUACUUGCGCCCCGACACCCGUCUUCCUAUGAUGCACAUCUCCGACUGCCACCGUGCCACUGUAGAGUUUAUGCAGGCCCCCGAGUGUCAACUGUCCCUCCGUACCUACAACAUAGCUGCCAUGAGCUUCACUCCAGAGGAGGUGGCCCAGGAAAUACGCAAGCACCUUCCACAAUUUAAGGUCACCUACAAUCCAGACCCUGUCCGUCAGGCGAUUGCAGACACCUGGCCAGUGAGGUUUGAUGACUCCAAUGCCCGGCAAGAUUGGGGCUGGGUGCCAGCGUUUGGACUGGAGGACCUGGUUUCAGACAUGCUGCACUCUGUUUGGGACAAAUGUUCACCAGUCAGCUAGCACAUUAAGACCGAUCUUUCUUUUUGUAUUUUUUCCAGGAAAUGACAUAAUGUCCAGUAAAAAAAAAAUUAACUCUAUUAUUACAUGACAUUUACAUUAUAAAAUGUAUUUUUCCCCUGUUAAUUUACCCUUGGUGACACAUUCUUAAGCUCACCUCUGUCUGACAGAGCUAAAGGAUCAAUAGCAAUGACAGCCAACCCUGGAUUCAAACCCACAUUCUCUGAUAGGCAGGCAAGUGUGCUAACCAUUUGGCUAAGCUUCUAUCCUCUUGACACACCAUCAGGUGCAGUUUUUCCCAGCCUUCUGCAGAGGUUGAUAAGUUCUGAGCUUAUUUUGACAGAGUAGAAAGUACAGCUAUCAUUUUUCAAAUGUAGGGAGUAUAAAUAAGUUGUAUGCAUCAAGAAUCUGUGGGCCUAUAUUAAAAGUUAUACACAUCGCCUCUGGUCAGGCCAGGUGUAUGGAUUUGGGACCCAUAUGUCCGUAACGUCGUAUUUAAACGGGACAUAGUUUGCCAAACCAACUUUUUCGAGUCCUGUAUUUGGGAUGUAAUAUUGUCUCUUAUGGUGCCUCAGUAAAGGUGAAAUAUGAAUUAAAAUCAUCCACGCAUUCCUGA